ACUGCAAUUACUCCGUGCCACCCUACCCUACCUACCUGGUAACUAUUAUCGUCUGGGUACAUGGCAUCCAGCCACAACCCAUCUCGAGGAUUUUUCAGUUGACUCUUGCAUGGCGAAGUCACGGUCGAGGUCAAGAUUGAGAGGUUGACUUGCACUGUCUUGCCCUCAACAAGUCUCAUUCUCAUGACAUCGAACGAUGAAGAGCACCCAGACGCUACGUCACAGUCGCCCAAUUACUGGUCUACCACCUAAUCACCGCUGCCACUGCUACAUACUGCCAGUGUCACUGCUACACCACAGCAAUAACACGAAUCCCACGCUCACAUCCUUACGCCCACUCGCGCUCUGGCACACCUGAAACUCUCAAUACCAGACUCGUCCCGCCAACCUCGACAACAGCAACAAGGCCGUCCUGCUCCAGUCCAAGACUACAGUGGAUGCACGCGUAGGAAGUAUACGCACUCUUCCUGCCACCAUGCGUGCCAAUCCCUCGACAUCCAUGCAAAAGACAUAUGACGAAUGCUACCUUACCUGCUCCACGGCCGUGUAUUUCGAAAGUCAGAACAACGAGGCUGAGGCUCUUCGUUCAUGGCGGACCGCGCUGGACCAGAUCUAUUAUCACAAUGCGUACCGCGUUUCCUCCAACUAUCGCCCGAGAACCGAGACAGAGAAGGCAUUGCAUGAUUCCCUCCGUCAGUUGGAGUUACAAUGCAAGGAACGUGUAGAUCUUCUGGAGGCCUUGAAGAGAAGUAGAGAGGAUAUUGAUGAAAGUCUCCCAGCAUCCGCCCAGAGUUUGAAAACAAUAGGCACAUCCACAGCCUCCGCUUCCUCCAAAAUCCCGCAGCAAGUAUCAGCACAGGCAGACGAUGCCGGUAACUUGAACUGGAUGGGCGGGGGCACAGUUCCCCCAGUUGGCUAUUCAGAUAUUUCACGCCCUCCACUUCCGCAUCGACCCGCUCUUCCGGUUCGUAGGAGCUCAGGUACCGAUUCUCUUCGCUUGAAUAGUCUCACGGAGGCCUCCAGCAGUCUCUCGCUCUCUCCCCAGCCUACAAAUCAGGACAAGAAGUCACGUACGCCGUCGCCAGAAAAGAGAGGCCGUAUGUUGCGUACAUUACGGCCAGGCAAAGACGGCAGCAAAAGUUCAUCGUCGAAAUUGCCGAAUUCGGCCAGAGCCAGGCCACAGGCUGCUGCAAAGGCGGCCACCCAGGCUUGGGAGUCCACCACAAAUGGCUAUCCCAGUCGACCUCUGCAUACGGAGACUCACAGCAGUAAAGAAUCGCCUGGGCGGCCUAACAUGGCCUCAGCACCAUCAUCAUUCGAUCGGCCUGGUGCCGGUCCAGAUUCUGAGAAGCCAAAUAUUACACCAAGACAUGAAGUAUUGUCAUCAUCGUCGCAUCCUCUCAGAACAGGCGACUCAUUGGAACCGGAAUCAUCCAGAACUACACGUCAGCCGCAAGGUCAAAGUGGAAGUAAACAAACCGUUGCUACACAUUUGGUCCCUCGGUCCCUUCCAAAGGAUCUGCCUGCAAUCACUCGAGAAAGCCCUUUCACGACACCAGACCGAGCGAACACUGCGCACAGGCAAGGCCCACCGCUUUUGUCUUAUAGAGACGAAUACUCGACGAUAGUGCCCAAGCGACGGGUUGUCGCGGGCGCUGCUGCGGUCCGAUCAUUCAGUAAUUCAGUUCAAGGCAAUAAUACGUCGAAAACAAAGCAUGAUACGCGGUCUUCGACGCAGUCACCCGCGUUGGUUGAAAACUAUGGAAAACGCCAUGUGCCUAUGAAUCCUUUUGGAGCAGACGCGUUCGAUGCUCCAGGUGCCCAAAACCCAGAAAUGCAGCAGGAAUUCCAGGAGGUCAAAACAAAGGAGCCAUCGGCUCGUGCCGACCUACCCCCCACGCCAACAUCGGAGGCUGGAGAAACUAGCAUUUCAGAAACUGGCUCGGAUGAAUGGAAAACGCGAGUCAAAGCAAUACUCAAAGAUUUACCGCGUGGAGUUGACAAGUCGGCUGCUCAACAGAUUCUCAACGAAAUAGUCAUACAUGGUGAUGAAGUCCAUUGGGACGAUGUCGCAGGGCUUGAAAUUGCAAAGUCUGCUCUGAAGGAAACAGUCGUUUAUCCAUUUCUUCGGCCAGAUCUCUUCAUGGGCCUUCGAGAGCCCGCUAGAGGAAUGUUACUUUUCGGGCCACCAGGAACGGGGAAAACCAUGUUAGCCCGAGCUGUAGCCACAGAAUCGAGGUCAACAUUUUUCGCAAUAUCGGCCAGUAGUUUGACCAGCAAAUUUCUCGGGGAAUCUGAGAAACUUGUGCGUGCUUUGUUUGCUUUGGCCAAGCUUCUCGCUCCCGCAAUAAUAUUUGUGGAUGAGAUUGAUUCACUCCUUUCCUCACGUUCAAGUACUGGCGAACACGAAGCGACUCGCCGCAUUAAGACUGAAUUCCUAAUCCAAUGGUCAGACCUUGCAAGGGCAGCUGCAGGAAGAGAACAGACUGAGAGAGAUAAGGAUAGAGGUGAUGCAAGUCGCGUGCUUGUCCUAGCUGCAACAAAUAUUCCAUGGGCGAUUGAUGAAGCUGCCAGACGCCGUUUUGUGAGGCGACAGUACAUACCACUGCCCGAGGACCAUGUAAGAAGGACGCAGUUACAGACCUUACUCGGCCACCAGAAACACGAAUUAAGUGAAGAAGACAUGAACCAGUUAGUUGCUUCAACAGAAGGAUUUUCAGGUUCCGAUAUCACAGCGCUAGCCAAAGAUGCAGCUAUGGGUCCACUACGCAGUCUCGGCGAGAAAUUACUGCAUAUGACGAUGGAUGAGAUCCGUCCUAUUCGUUUCGAAGAUUUCAAAGCCAGUCUCCAGACCAUUCGGCCGAGCGUGAGCAAGCAGGGCCUUAAGGAGUUUGAGGACUGGGCGAAGGAAUUCGGUGAGCGAGGUGGUUGAUUGCGCCCGCAGAACACAUCGCGAAUCUUGGCGGUCUCGCUGACCUUUAGAAUCCUUGUCUACUGUUGAGUAGUAAGUCGACAGAGUAGUGCCUGGCUUGACGCAUAUGGCAAUUGAUUCAUUCAAUCAAUCGUAGCUUAGAUUCGACCUGGAGUAGAUUAAAAAUAUGGAUGAUCAGCUUCCAGAAGCAGAGUUAAUUGACCGAUUACCGAUACAUCGUAUCAUUCGUAG